AUGGCGAGUGAUGAGCAGAAGAAGAAGUUGAAGGGUUCCUUGAAGCUCGCGAAAAGAUUUUCCCUUUCUGCGAUGACUCUUGCCGCUACUGCUGGUCCUGCUGCUGCUCCUGCUCCUCCCACUCUUUCCACUCCACGCACUACUACGACUAGCGCAAGGUUCUCACACUCACAUGUUGCAGCCAACGCAGCCAACACCACCAUCACCACCACCACCAGAACUGCCAUCUCUACAGCCCCCUCUAAUACUACUCCCACUCUCAGCCCAACUCUCACCUCCAGCAGUAGUCCAUCUGACCCUUCUGCCGCCAACACCAUCCACUUUGUCCCCCAUUCACAACCCUCCGCCCAGGAACAGCGAGUCAUGAUCUUUGACUCCAGCAUUACAUCACAGCCCUUUCUAGACUCUGUAGAAUUGGACAAGCUACGAAAGCGACAAAAAACCAGCACAAAAACAGCUUGACUGAAAAAACACAAAAGAAUGGCAUUAAUUAAUUCAGACGCUC